AUGAGGCGAGGCGUGUUAUUGCAUAAGCUCAUUCUUCUUGAACUUGUUCUUGGACUCUGGCAAGGUUUCUGGCUAUUCUUCAGACAGCCCAUUAAUGGAUGGUGGCUGUCGGUCGCCGCAAUAUUCUUGAACGCCUCCUGGUCGCUGCACAACGUCAUCGCCUGGAUGAAGAUUAAGCCCUUUUUAUCUAAAUGGGCGAGCUAUGCAUUCAUCGGCACAGUCAUCCUUGUACAGCCGUAUUGGGUCCUGGAGAUAUACGCCAAUUUUGCCUACUUCCACAACAUCAACGACAUUUUCCUCAAAACACGGCCGUGGGAGGCACUGUGUCGUGAUCCCUGGUGGAUCUUCGCGACUGUCUUACUGUUCUGGGUGAUCAAGACGCAAUACGAGUUGUCCCUCAAGGAAAUCGUCCGCAUCUCGCCGCGCUUCGGCAUAAUGCUGCUUUCCAUGGUCCUCAGCAUCAUUUUCAUCAUCUGCGACAUUUUGACCGUCACCAAGGCAAUCAGACUCCCGGGGACGACUGGUAUCAAUCCCUUCUGGAAGCUAGCCUUUGUCUUCAAGUGCUUGACGGACGCCGUGGUAUUGGACGAUUUCAAGAUGGCGCUGGAUCGCCUGAGAGCUUUUAGGAUCAGUCGACUAGGCAGCUUCUCUGGCGAUUUGUCGGACAGCCGCUCCCGCAACGACGGCAAUCUGGUAGCCACAUGGGAAGACAUGGAAAGGGAAGCAAAUGCCCUCCAGGCCGUACGCAGCCCUGACUGCGAUUACAUCCACCCCAACAACUUCCCGUUCAAACCAAAGCGGGCUCGGCGAGCGCAGAAGGACUCUGUUGUAUUCCCAAAUCACAGUCACAUUCGGGACCCAGGCGCCGGUGUCGCGCCAGAAGACCUCGUACCAAGUGCGUUAGAAGACCAGAUGUCAGAGAAAGGGCAUAGCUCGCAGUCUACGCAAAAACAGCACCAGCGUCAUUUGGCCGAUAACCCAAACGCCUUGAAAUCAGAUGACAUGGUUGCUGAAUCAGAUUAUGCGGCAGCGCUCAGAGAGGUCACGCGUGACAGCGUAUCCACGAACCCACCAGCCGGCAACUCUCCUCGCCUGCCCGCCGCAGGAUGA